AGUGUUUUGGGAUAUUUUUGUGAAAAAAAAUUUGAGGUUAUAUUAAAUAAUGUUAAUCAUAUUAAAAAAUUAUAUUUCCGCACUUCCUGCAAUUGGAAAGUGUGCAGGAAGCCUCCUGGAUGUCACUGUAUGUGCUCCCAGGACAUGUCAUUGUGGAAUUGCGAGGAAUUACUCAUUUGAUCCCGUCAACAUUUUUGACCGGAAAGCCAAAAGGAUUCAACGGGAACGAGCAGCCUUGCGGGAGGAUGUGGAGGUUUAUGAUUACAUAAAGGACGAAGUGGGCUACAGGCUAGCUGAUAGGGUUUUUGAUGUGAAGAAACAGUUCAAAGUAGCCGUGGAUUUGGGUACAAAUCGUGGUUUUGUAUCACGUCACAUCCUUGCGGAUACAGUGGAGCACCUGAUGAUGUGCGAAAUGAGCCCCACUAUGUUGGGGCAGGCACAGUCAACGCCUGGUGUGAAGGUGACCAAGAUUGAGGUGGACGAGGAGACUUUUAGUGAGGACAUUGCAGACGAAUCUGUGGAUUUGGUCAUCUCCAAUUUGAGCCUACACUGGAUAAAUGAUCUUCCGGGGUGCUUUGUGAGGAUUAUGAAGUGCCUCCGACCAGAUGGGGUCUUUAUGGCGAGUUUAUUUGGUGGGGAGACCCUCUAUGAGCUCCGAUCUGCCCUGCAAUUGGCUGAAAUGGAGCGUCGGGGUGGAAUAGCGCCCCACAUUUCACCUUUUGCACAUAUUCGUGAUAUUGGAGGUCUCCUGAAUCGUGCUGGCUUCACAAUGCUAACUAUUGAUACAGAUGAGAUUGUCGUGGGAUACCCAACGAUGUUUGAACUGAUGUGGGACCUCAAAGGCAUGGCUGAGAAUAAUGCUGCCUUCAAUCGUCCUCUUCAUCUCCAUCGGGACACCCUCCUGGCUGCUUCGGCCAUCUACAGCCAAAUGUACAAAAAGCCAGAUGGCGGGAUUCCCGCUACCUUCCAGGUCAUCUACCUCGUAGCAUGGAAACCCUCACCAAAUCAACCAAAAGCCCUCGCACGAGGUUCCGGCCAAGUCUCACUCAAAGACCUCGAUAAAGUCGUUGAAGGGAAGAUUAAAUAAAAUCCUCCCUUGUGUAGGAAAAGUAAUAAAAAGAAUUUUCUUUUGCAUUAUAAA